GCGCUGGGGUGCGCCGGGCACCAUGCUUCUGCCUGGACACGCGCGCCCGCCGCCCGCGCCGCAGCCCGCGCAGCAUCCCGGACUCCGCCGGCAGGUAGAGCCUCCCGGGCAGCUCCUGCGCCUCUUCUACUGCACCGUCCUGGUCUGUUCCAAGGAGAUCGCGGCGCUCACGGACUUCUCCGGUAAGAAGCGCCCUCCCUCGCCCUGCGCCCCCCGGCGCCGCGGUGCGCGCCCAGGUUAUCUAACCAAACUCCUGCAAAACCACACCGCCUAUGCCUGUGACGGGGACCAUUUGAAUCUGCAGUGUCCUCGGCAUUCCACGAUAAGUGUCCAAUCGGCAUUUUAUGGGCAAGAUUACCAAAUGUGUAACACCCAGCAGCCUGCCUCCCAGAGGGAAGACAGCUUAGCCUGUGUGGCUCCCACCACAUUGCAGAAAGUGCUGGACGAAUGCCAGAACCAGCGGGCCUGCCACCUCCUGGUCAAUAGCCGUGUUUUUGGACCUGACCUUUGUCCAGGAAGCAGUAAAUACCUCCUGGUCUCCUUUAAAUGCCAGCCUAAUGAAUUAAAAAACAAAACCGUGUGUGAAGACCAAGAGCUGAAACUGCACUGCCACCCUUCAAAGUUUCUCAACAUCUACUCUGCGAGCUAUGGCAGGAGGACCCAGGAGAGGGACAUCUGCUCCUCGGAAGGGGAGCGGCUCCCCCCCUUUGACUGCUUGUCUUACUCAGCUUUGCAAGUAUUAUCCAGGAGGUGCUAUGGGAAGCAGAGAUGCAAAAUCACGGUCAACAAUCACCAUUUCGGGAGCCCCUGUCUGCCAGGAGUGAAAAAAUACCUCACUGUCACCUAUGCCUGUGUUCCCAAGAACAUACUCACAGCGAUCGAUCCAGCCAUUGUUAAUCUAAAACCUUCUUUGAAGAAGAAAGAUGGUGAAUAUGGUAUAAACUUUGACCCAAGGGAACCGACGCUUCUGAGGAAAGAUGGAGUUAUUGUUAGCAAUUCUCUGGCAGCAUUUGCUUACAUUAGAGCCCACCCAGAGAGAGCAGCCCUGCUCUUCGUGUCCAGUGUCUGCAUCGGUCUGGCGCUCACGUUGUGUGCCUUGGUCAUCAGAGUGUCCUGCGUCAAGGACCUCAGGGAUUUGCAGCUGGCGAGGGAGCCCUUGGUGCCAGAAAGUGACAAGGCUGAAGAAGACAGCGAGGAUGAGGAGGGGGAGGAGGACUCCUCGGACUCUGACUUUCCAGGGGAACUGUCUGGGUUUUGUAGGACUUCGUAUCCCGUCUACAGUUCCAUAGAAGCUGCGGAGCUGGCAGAAAGGAUUGAGCGCAGGGAGCAAAUCAUCCAGGAAAUAUGGAUGAACAGUGGUUUGGACACUUCACUCCCAAGAAAUUUCGGCCAGUUCUAUUGAAAAAGAGAUGCGUCUGGAUGCAACCACACUUUGUGAGGAGGGAAGGAUCCCAAAUGCCCCUCUGGUUCUGUUUCACUUGUACCUUCUAUGAAGGAGUAUUUGUCAUGUCAUCCAAUACUGGUGAAGCCAGAAGCUAUUAAAGGGACAUUUCACACUGUUUACAGCACAUUUCAAAAUAAAUUGGGAGGGAAGUCUUUGUUUUCUCUAUUUAUUUAAAUUUAUUGUUAUACAUGAAUAUAGAAUGCCCGUUUAUUGAGUGCUUGGAAUGCCAGGCACUUGGAAUGCCAGGCACUGCUCUAGCUGCUUCUCAUGUACUAAGUCCUUUACUACACCCCCCCCCCCCACACACACAGCUUCACGAGACAGUGCCAUCAUCCCAUGACAGAUGAGUAAACAGGAGGUCCCUCUACUUCCAUUAAAAAAAAAUUGUAUUGAUACACAGGACAGCGAGCUUGAAUCCUUCCACUGCGUGUUCACUGGCGGUGGAUUUUAAUCACUAACAAUGCUCUUUGUUUAGGACGGGGUCAGCAAAGUUUCUCUUUAAGGGCAAGAUAACAUUUUAGGCAUCGUGGUUCGUGCCAUGACUACACAACUCCGCCACCGAAGCUCGCAGGUAGCCAUUCGUAGCUAAUACACCAUGAAUGAAUGUAGCUGUGUUUCAAUAAAGCUUUAUUUAGAGACA